GGACAAGGAAACUAAGGAGUCACCCACCCAUGACAUUUUUGGGUUUGUGGUUAUAAGUCAGUGUUGGGCACUGGAUUGGCGAAUACACAAGAAAUGUCCUGUUCAGUCUUGCCCACCCCUAUACGGUAUCUAUUCUGUUGAAAUCACUCGUUGCUUUAAAUAUUGAACAUUCGAUCUGCGUGCGCAUAUCUCACAUGACUCCUUAGUUUCCUUGUCCAAAGACUCAUAGAAUUACAAUCAAAUUUCGACUUAAGGUAAGUCUCAUUUAAUUUUUAAAUUUUGUAAUUAAAAGUGAUAUUUUUAGGCGAUUUUUCAUUUGUAAGAAUAUUCUUAAAAAAUUAUCGUGUUACCAUGACAACUACUUUAGAACUUCAUGUUCGGAAAAUACAAUGGUUUUGUCAGCAAGGCGAGGGUUUCUGCAUGCAUGUAUUUUCUAGUAUCUGUGAUAUAAACCUGAAUGACGGGAACACAGAUUGAAUAGGUAAGAAAAUGAAAAUUUGGUAGUAUUUGGAAAUUAUAGGUGACAUUCCACCUUAAUUAAAACGGCUGCAAAAAUCGUAAUUCUAAUAGAUAUGUACUAUUUAAAGCACGCGUAGGAGUGUUUUAUCAGAUAUAAUAAAGAUAUAAUAAGUGUUUUAUCAGAUAUUGGGAGGUGUUUCAAUCUAGUCUAUAUUUUAAUAGGUUGGUAGUCGCCGUGUAGUGCAGAUCGGAGCUAUCUGCAUGAUCACAUUAGGGAUUCUUGGAAAGUUUGGUGCGUUAUUUUCUACCAUUCCUGAUCCUGUUGUUGGUGGUGUAUUUUGUUGUAUGUUUGGUAUGAUUACUGCUGUUGGGAUUUCAAAUCUACAGUAUGUGGAUCUCAAUUCCGUACGAAACUUGUUUAUCAUUGGAUUUGCCUUCCUCAUGGGUUUUGCCGUGCCAGAUUACUUCCAAAAGAACGAUAACGCCAUUGACACAGGUAAGGUAUAUGGAUGAUUCAAUGAUAGCAAACUCGAGUUAUACUAAUAAUAAUAAUAUUUAAUAUUUAUAUUGCGCAAAUUAACAUGUUAUAGUAUAUGAUCAAAUGCGCAGGUAACAAACAACUUUUGAGUUAUGUUACUUCUCAAGCGGACUUGUAUGGGUCUAUUCAACGAUAAGCAUCAUCGGUCUGUCGUCAAAAAGCCAUUUCAUAGGUCUGAAGACGUAAACAACUUGUAAUAGGGAGCGUGCAUGUUACUGUUGGUGUAAACAAAGUCAAAGUCAAAAUACUUUAUUUACCGAGGGUAAAAAACACCAUUACUGGUUACCCAGUAGUUUUCAUGAAUGCCCUAUCAUAGACAUGCAGGACAACUGCGAUGCGCCCAAAUACGCCCUUCUUUAUGAUUUUAUUCUGUCUGACGCCAAAUAAUCUACCUCUAAGGUUACAGGACACCCUUUUUGGCGUUUUGCGGAAAAUCGCUACUGCGCGCUCAAUAUCAGUCCGAUUUUCAUCAAAUUUUCACCAAAUGUUCUCCCGAGUGCAUGCAAAAUAUGGUAAAGUUAACAAACAAUAAAAUAAUGUAAGCAUUAUCCAGGAAAAUAUUAAAUCGCGGUACCGUUACGCUUUUGAGUUGUGCUCCUGCUGGUUUUAAGUUAUAUUUAUGAAAAUAUCAUUUUUAUACAGUAAAAUAGUUGUUCUAAAAAAUUGUGUUCGGAAAUUUUUGUUUAUUUCGUCAUUCCGCUGAUAUAGCGAUUUCUUUGACGACUGCAAUAUAUUUCUGAAUUGUUUGUGAGUGAAUUGCUCUUUAUUUUUAAAAUGCCCAAAAUUUAAAAAAAGCCGAACACAAUUUUGAAACUGACGUCUUUAGCUAUGUCCUGUGAAAAUUUGAGAAAAAUUGGUUAAAAGCCGCAGGAGAACAACUCGUUUGAAAAUCAGUAAUUACCGUAAACUUUUUCGGGAGAAAACUGAAUUUGAAAAUUGCAUUUUCAAUGUUUUUCUUAUUGCAGCGAAAUGUAUUUUAUUAAAUAACUCUGCGAGUUUUCAACAUUUUUCGUUCAAACUUGGUCAGAUAGUAGAACUAGUCUAAUGCUUUCAUUGAAACCAAUAAAAAAAUUUUAGGCAAAAUUAACACUCAAAGGUGUUCUGUAACCUUAAAGAGGAAGGUGUUGGACGUCAAUCGAUACGCUGUUUGCAUGUCUAUUCUUAACCUUUAUCCUCCAAUGCCCUGACAAACGAUUGAUGUUUUGUUUCUUAUCAAGGAGAACGAACCAGCUAUAGCUGUUGUGCAGAAGAUAUAAUGCAAAGUUUUUUUUGUAUUAAGGUGUCGUUGAAAUUGAUCAGAUUCUCACAGUUCUCUUGAAAACCAGCAUGGCUGUUGGCGGGAUAUUAAGCGUAAUAUUGGAUAACCUUGUUCCUGGAACCCCAGAAGAACGCGGAUUGAUCCAAUGGCAAGGAAUCAAGCCGAAAGAGAAGGAUGGUACUGCGAUGAGAGAUCUUAAAGUUUAUGAUUUACCCUUUGGAAUUGGCAACAGCUGGAAAAUCUCAAAAUUUCUACCAUUUAUGCCUUACUAUCCUGAGGAAACAUCAGAGCGUGAGGAAGAACCAGUUGCAUUGCAAGAAUAUCGUUCUACAACUGAUGGAGGGAAUAAAACGAGUUAAAAUUGGUUAUUUGAAUGUACUUAUAAAUGUAUUUGUACUGAUAAAUAUGUUAUCUAAGAUUGUUACAACUUAGCUUUUUAAAUAUAUAUUUUGUCACUAAUUUUGACAAAGUGGCGGAUUUAUAAGGACGAGUAAAAGCAUUUACUCCAAUUAGGAUAGAAAGUAUGCUAGACUCAGUAUUCAAGGAUAUUUUUCACGGCCUCAUGGCCGACAGAUCGGUUCCAAAUUUCUCAGCCAAAAAUGAUCUACUGACUACUGAGGCCGUUACACUAUUUCCGAGAAAUUCAUAUGAGACACCAGGAAAUCGUGAAAACGAAGAUUUGGAAAACUUUAAAAUAAAUUAAAAUAACCAUCAAAUAACCAAAAACGCAAAGGCUAUGCGUGUAGUAUAUGCUGUUGAUGUCUGAAGAUAAGACUUGUUGCAGUGAACAAGGUAAAAUGACACAUCUAUGUUCUGUCAUCUAUACCCAUCCUUGCAAUGAUCUUACAGAUUAUCAAGUUCAUUUAAGUAAAAAGACACUGCUAUCAAGUAUCGACAUUCGCAGAGUUUCUCACUUGUUCAGGUUUUCUAUAUUUUCCUUGUAUCCAUAUUCGAUACAUUUUCAGUUGUCGUCCUCGAUUUACUUGCAAACGUCUGUCGACAUAAUUUUGUUCCUCCACUAAACCGUCUUGAGUAAACAGCUUCCUUAUUUCCUC